GCACGCACGCCCUGCGGAAGCGUCGAGUUCCGGGUCUGAGAGUCGGCCCGCGGCCGGAGGCAGGGAGGCGCUCUCGGUGUCGGCGCGGGCGGAGGGGCGUGAGGGAAGUCCUACGGUGGCCGCAGAGGGACGGCGCUACGGCUCCCACGCCGGGCCAAACGCCGCCGGCCGCCGCGCGCGGGAGCCCCAGGUCCUUCGGGGUGGCCCCGGGCGGGGACGCGUGACAGCCCGGACCCGCAGCCGCCGCGCCGUCGGCACCAUGCGGCCGCCCUGCUCCCGGAGCCCCAAGGAACAGGGGGGCCCGCAGGCCCGGCCGCCGGCACCGCCCGCCUCCCCCGCGUCUCGGGACGCCGGCGCGGCGAGGGCACCCGGCGCUCGCCUUCCCCGGGCUCAGCGGCGGGCUCCCGGGCCUAGGUGCCCAUGACGCCUGUCCUGACUGCCGCCUGGACGCCGCCGCAGCGCCAAUGCCGGUCAUGCCCAUCCCGCGGCGGGUGCGCUCCUUCCACGGCCCGCACACCACCUGCCUGCACGCGGCCUGCGGGCCGGCGCGCGCCUCCCGCCUGGCGCGCACCAAGUACAACAACUUCGACGUGUACGUGCGGGCGCGCUGGCUGUACGGCUUCAUCCGCUUCCUGCUCUACUUUAGCUGCAGCCUCUUCACGGCGGCGCUCUGGGGCGCGCUGGCCGCCCUCUUCUGCCUGCAGUACCUGGGUGUGCGCGUCCUGCUGCGCUUCCAGCUCAAGCUGUCCGUGCUGCUGCUGCUGCUGGGCCGCCGGCGCGUGGACUUCCGACUCCUGAAUGAGCUGCUCAUCUACGGCAUCCACGUGACCAUGCUGCUGGUCGGGGGCCUGGGCUGGUGCUUCAUGGUCUUCGUGGACAUGUGAGGGUGCCAGUGGCCUGGCCCUGUGCUGUGUUUACUGUGACCUGGGCCAGUCGGUGCGUUUGCAGCCUCUUUUCUUGACGGGGUAGGUCCGGGCCCUGUCGUCUUGAGCCCGUCCCACAGGCGGGGUUGCAGGCACGGCUGGUCCCCGUCCCCGCCCCGGUCUCUGGCACAGGAGAGGAAAGGGCUGCGACUUCUGUGAAGGGGACCUGACGCCCUCCCCCUGCUGCUUCUCUGCUCUGGCCCUCCCUGUGCGCACAUUCAGGUGCAGCAUCCCCCUGGCCGCCUGCGUGUGGUUCCAGCCUGCACUUUUCCAGGCUGUGCUGUGGGGUGGGGCCUGCCGGUCCAUUCUGCACUUGGAGAGCCUCUGUGUCCCUGUCCCCUCUCCAGGACACUGGCGUCACCAGUGUUGUGGGAGACCCCUGGGAGGGGUGUGCUGCCCAGGAGCAGAUCUGGAGGGGGUCCUCUUGGCCACACAGCCCCUUCUGUGCACCCCGGGCCCCGGCCCCAGCCUUAGGGCAGCAUCAGCCUCCACUAGCUAACAGCGCACUGCCACAAGGCUGUCCACUCCGCCCCGGGCCGCCUGAGUUUGGGCACAGCCCGCGGACCCGCCUCCAUCUCUCACCCUGAGAGGUGUUGGGGGUCCUGGUCCCAGGCCACGCCUCAAGGUCACCUUGGUUUGCUUGGACAUAGUCUCGCGAGGAGUCACCGGUGGUCUUGGCAGGUUCCUAGGUCAGGGUCCAGCCCACGGGAUUGUCGGGCGUCGGGUCCAGGGCAGGUGGGUCUUCCUCCUGGGCAGAUCUGUUGAGAAUGUCAAGGUGGAUGCUGUAAUCUCCUCAAAUGUGGGUUUCUGGGGAGGCAGCUCAGUUCUUUUCUGGCUCUGGGGGGCCUUUGGUCUCUUCCUUUGAGGGAAUGCCCAGAACUGAGUCUUCUGUGUCUGGAACAGAUGUCAGGGGUCUUCAGGAGGUGCACCAAGGCCUCUGAGUGUGCAUCCCGGAAACGUGAGCAAACUCUGUGUUUAAAAAGCGCCUCUUAGAGCCCGGGGUGUGCCCUAGGGCUGGACCUCUGAGUGAGGGGCCUGGCUGCCAGGAUGCCCCUCUGCCUCUCUGCUCUUCUGCUCCUGCCUUGGCAUCUGUUAGAGCUGCUGGGGAGUGAAAAGCAAAAAUGAAUGUGGGUCAGGAAAGGACAAAGGGCCAGUGUGGGGGCUUCUGGUCACAGAGGGAAGACCACCACCAGGGGCCAGCGUUUUGCCUGGAUCCCUGCUCUGGCCUCCAUCCGAGGGGGACGGGGUGGGCGUGUGGCUUAGUGGCCACUGAGGGCCUCAUUGGCAAGUGAGAAGGCACUCAGAAUGAUUAUGCUGAGACAACAGUCAGGGCCCCAUAGUGACGGUGACAGGUCAGCCGACGCCCCUUCACCCCAAGUAGUCUCCAUACCCCCGGGCAUGGACAGUGGCCAGGGGGAGCUGUUUCGAGAGUUGUGUGCCGUUGGAAGAAAAACCCAAAUCAGGUAGAGAAAGCAAAAAACAAUUGGCUAUAAACCGUGCUCUUUGAUUUGUAGCCAGCUUCUGACGACCGGCGACUUGAGGUGAGUGGGAAGGCUCCUUGACCGAAGUUAUGAGUUGUCUGAGUUGCCCGGACGGCAGUCGAGGAGCUGGCCUGCGUGGACCCCACUUCACAGCGCUGCAGAAAAUCUUUUGCACUAAAUCAUGCUGUUUCCUAAAACCUUUGUUUUGUGUUAAUUAACUCACGUUCCUCAGAUCCUCUGAAGCCCCCCUCGCUGAGGUGGGUGCGUGUCCACGUGGUCGGGAUGGCAGGAGGGGUCUGGCCAUGCCACCUUGAAUGUAAACGGCAGUGCAAGGAGUUGACAAGCUGACCGUGAAGCUGCUUGGUGUCUCGAGUGCCUGUUAAAUUCUUUAUGAAAUGAGCCACCUGCAUUAAACUUAUUUUUUUAACAUGU